AUGGGUGUUGUUACUCAUUUCAUAGCCACACUUUGUUUUAUGAUAUUGACGGUGGUGGUUGCCACACCAACAACCAUUUCCAAUGAUGACUCACAAUUAAGGGAUUUGUCCAAGAGUUUGGAUAACUUUGGAACGAAACUCUACUCGAAAAUAGCCAAACGAAGUGCUGAGAAAAACAUUAUAUUUUCACCAUUCUCGAUUGAGACCGGUUUGGCGAUGGUGCGUUUGGGUGCUACCGGUCCGACAGCAGAAGAAAUUGACAAUAGUCUAAAUUUAAAAUUUAACAAUGCCGAAAAGUUGGCCAACUAUUUCCGAAAAAUCCUUUCAACAUAUCAAAAUAGUGAUUUCCUACAAAUGGCCAAUAAAAUAUAUAUUAUGAAAACUUUUAAACUCCAGGAUCAAUACAAUGAGUUGCUUACGAACAAUUUCUUCACGUCAGCGGAAAAUGUGAAUUUUACACAAAAUAUUAAAGCAGCUGAGACCAUGAACUCUUGGGUUGCAGCAAAAACCAAUCAAUUGAUUAAGAAUCUAAUCACUGCCGAUGAUUUGGAUCGAACAACACGAAUGGUGCUGCUGAAUGCAAUUUAUUUCAAAGGUGAAUGGGCACAGGGAUUUCCCGAGCAUGCCACACGCCAACAAAAAUUCUAUAUAGAUGCAACAAACAGUGUUAAUGUGGACAUGAUGCAUAUGAAGGGAAAAUUCCGCUAUGGCGAAAUAGACCAAUUAGAUGCCACCGCUUUGGAAAUGCCUUACAAAAAUUCCGAUCUUUAUAUGUUGGUAAUUUUGCGAAUUCUCGUGAUGUUGGUUAUGGAACGCAUGUUCUCUAAAGAGGCGGAAUUUGGAGAGUUGAUAAAUACAUCUGAAACAAUUGAAGUAUCGAAAGUUCUGCAUAAGGCAUUUAUUGAAGUCAACGAAAAGGGUACUGAGGCUGCUGCAUCAACAGGUACUAUUGGUAUUGGCCUGCCUCGACCGGGUCUACCUGAAAUUGUAAACGAGUUUGUGGUUGAUCACGGCUUCUUCUAUAAAAUUUUGAAUACUGAUGCUAAUACUCAUUUCAUAGCCACAAUUUGUUUUAUGAUAUUAACGGUGAUAGUUGCCACACCAACUUCUACCACCGACUCCACUGGCAAGGGUUUGCAGGACUUUGCAACGAAACUCUACUCGAAAUUAGCAAAAGGUGAUGAUCAGAAAAACAUUAUAUUUUCACCAUUCUCAAUUGAGACCAUCCUGGCCAUGAUUCGUAUGGGUGCCAGCGGACAGACAGCAGAAGAAAUUGACAAUGCUGUACUCUUUGAGGAGAGUAAUUAUCUGAAAAUGGCCAAUAAAAUCUAUGUAGCGGAAAAUGUUGAACUCCGCAAUCAAUUCAGUGACAUACUUACGAACUUUUACUACGCAUCAGCAGAAAAUGUGAAUUUUACACAAAAUAUUAAAGCAGCCGAAGCAAUCAACUCUUGGGUUGCGGCAAAAACCAAUAACUUGAUAACAGAUCUUAUCGGUGCCGACGAUUUGGAUAAAUACACACGAUUGGUAUUGCUCAAUGCAAUUUAUUUCAAAGAUGAAUGGGCACAGGGAUUCCCAGAAAAUGCCACACGCCAACAAAAAUUCUAUGUGGAUGAAACAGAUAUUGUUAAUGUGGACAUGAUGCAUAUGAGAGGCCUCUUCCGCUAUGGCAGAAGUGAGCAAUUAGAUGCUGCCGCUUUGGAAUUGCCUUACAAAAAUUCCGAUCUGCGUAUGCUUAUAAUUUUGCCGAAUUCUCGUUAUGGUUUAGAAGAUCUAAGGAAUAAAUUGAAUUCAUAUUCAUUGGAGGAAUUAAGAGGUAGCAUGUUUCCGGUAUUGGUUGAUGUCGCUAUGCCCAAAUUUAAAGCUGAAUACACAAUUGAAUUGAAAGAGAUUUUACAACAGUUCGGUAUAGAACGUUUGUUCUCCCCUGAUGCAGAAUUGAUAAAUAUGUUAAAUACCCCUGAACCAAUUGGAGUGUCGAAAGUACUGCAUAAGGCUUUCAUUUAAGUGAGCGAAAAGGGUACUGAGGCUGCUGCAUCUACAGGUUCUAUUGGAGUUGCCCUUUCUUCUGUAAUCGAAUUUGUGGUGGAUCAUGGCUUCUUCUAUAAGAUAAUCGAUACUUAUGUUAAUACUCAUUUCAUAGCCAUAAUAAGUGUUAUGAUCGUAACGGUGAUAGUUGCCACACCAACUACCACCUCCAAUGAGGACACGCAAUUAAGGGAUCUAUCGAAGAGUUUGCAAGACUUUGGAACGAAACUCUACUCGAGCAUAGCAAAAAAUAGUGGACAGAAAAACAUACUAUUUUCACCAUUCUCAAUUGAGACAAGCCUGGCAAUGAUGCGUUUAGGUGCUACCGGGCAAACAGCACAGGAAAUUGACAAUGUUCUAAAUUUAAAAUUUAAUAACGGAGAACAGUUGGCCAACUAUUUCGAAAAGUUCCUUUUAUCCUAUCCGAAUGCUAAUUUUCUUCAAAUGGCCAAUAAAAUAUAUAUUAAGGACCAACUAGAACUUCGCGAUCAAUUCAAUGAGUUGCUUGAGAAAAAUUUCUUCGCAUCAGCAGAAAAUGUGAAUUUUACACAAAAUAUUAAAGCAGCCGAAAAAAUCAACUCUUGGGUUGCCGCAAAAACCAAUCACUUAAUUACAGAUCUAAUUAGUGCCGACGAUUUGGAUGAGAACACACGUGUUGUACUGCUCAAUGCAAUUUACUUUAAAGGCGAAUGGUUACAACCAUUCUUUGUACCUGUCACACGUCAAAAAAACUUCUAUGUGGAUGCAACAAAUUACGUUAGCGUGGAAAUGAUGCUCACGUUUGGACAAUUCCGUUAUGGCAAAAUAGACCAAUUAGAUGCUACUGCUGUGGCAAUGCCUUACAAAAAUACCGAUCUUUAUAUGAUUGUAAUUUUGCCGAAUUCUCGUGAUGGCUUGGAUGAUCUAAGGAUUAAAUUGCAAUCAUAUUCUCUACAAGAAUUGAGGGAUAAUAUGGCUGAGACAAUGAUUCAAGUGGAAAUGCCUAAAUUUAAAACUGAAUACAAAAUCGAAUUGAGUGAGAUUUUAGAGAGGUUGGGUAUAGAACGUUUGUUUACUGAUGCGGAAUUGGAUAAAAUGAUCAAAUCAAAGGAAGGAUUGCAAGUGUCGAAGGUUUUGCAUAAGGCAAUUAUUGAAGUCAACGAAAAGGGUACUGAAGCUGCUGCUGCAACAGAUGUUAAUGUGUCUCUGUUAUCUGCUCCUAUCCUGCCUCCAACUGAAAUCACAUUUGUGGCUGAUCACGGAUUCUUCUAUAAAAUUGUGAAUAGUAAUGGCAUUGAAUUCUUUGAAGGAUCGGUACGUGAAUUUUAA